AUAAAAAGCACAACGCCUACGCAUUUAAUUGCUGAAAAUAUACAAUAAUCAAGUCAAACACAAAACAACAACGGCAAUCGAUAGGCACAACCCCAAAUCGCGACCCAGCGAUCAUACGAACCCUCGAUGUCCGCGGGUGUGGGAAGCGGCGGAGGUAGCAUAACCACAGAGCAUCACAGCCGUUUGUACUUCCUCAACUCGCCCACGGCGCCGCUCACAGCUCGUGAUCCCUUCUUUAUAAAGCCCGAAUACCUCAACUAUGAGAAUCCCAUGCACCAUCUCUACCCCAGCAAUCGGGGCCUUAUAGAAUACAAUAACUACACGAGCAGUGUUGCCGCCGCCGCUGCAGCUAGCGCUAGCACUGGUGCCGCUGCUGCUGCCGCCGCCGCCGCAGCUGCUGCCGUCGUUAGUAGUAACAGCUCCAGCAAUAACAAUACCAACAAUAACACCGACAACAGCUUCCAGCCACAACAGCAACACACGCAGCAACAUCCACAGCAGCAACACACGCAGCAGCAACAUCCACAGCAGCAGCAGCAGCAACAACAACAACAACAGCAGCAGCAGGCGCCGCAUCCCUUGCAUCAUCAUCUGUCCACUGGCGUCGUCACUGGCGUCGCGCUUGGGCACCAAUCUUCGCGAGCACAGAAGGCAGCACGGCGGCGCAGCAACGAAUCUGUCGAGGCGCGGGAGCGACGCUUGGAGCGGAACGCAGCGCGAAUGCGGGACAAGCGUUCGAAGGAGUCGGAGGCGGAGUACAGAUUGCGCCUGGCUAAGAAUGCCGAGGCGAAUCGCGUACGCCGCCAAAACGAAAACGAAGUACAAAGAACCCUAAGACUGAUGAAGAACGCCGCCCGCCAGCGACUGCGACGCGCCAGUGAAUCCAACGAUGAGCGUAAAAAGCGCCUUGCCAAGGCAGCCGAGCGGAUGCGAGUGUCCCGCGCAACGGCGCCCAAGGUGAUCAAGCCACCGCUCGAGGAUCGUCUCAAGGGCUACUGAGAGGAGCACAUGCCCACACACCUACACACACACACACACACACACAUACAUACACACACGUAUAGAGACCAACACACAUACAUAGAGACAAGGAAACGGCAUAUGUAGUAUAUCUAUAUACAAGUAGAAAGAGAGAGAGAGAGCGAGAGGAGAGGGAAAGCGAAAGGAGAUCCCAUGCGUACAGUGAAACUUGUGGAGCUGGCUCCAGCAAGAGAGGAUGAAGUGCAUCACACAAAAACACAGACAGACAGAUUCGCACACACAUGUUAACAGAAUCUAAACAGAACCAGCGUAGGGUUAGCCCUGAAUCCCAAUUGGAGAAACAAAUAUAAAACAGGCACAUUGCAUAUGUGUUAGUGUAGAGAGGAGCAACGUCAUCAACGUCGUCGUUUUAGACAGCAACAAAGUAUAUAUAUACAUAUAUAUAAAAUUAAAAAAAAAAACAAAAAACAGUAAAAUUAUUAAGCAAGAUUGAUAAAAGAAUUAAAAACAUUGUAGACAGCAAUGCAUAUAAGCGAAAUCCGAAAGCAAAGGAAAUGGAUAGGCCCAGCAACAGAACAACUGCUAAUUUUAUAUAAAAGAAAAACAAACAAAAUAUUAAUAAUAAAUGACACUUGAAUUU